AUGACUUUACCUAAAAUUAUCAGUAUGUAUUGGUUUCAAACAGGGACCAUUUCAUUCACUGCUUGCUUUGUCCAAAUGUACUUUGUUCACUAUCUUGGCACAGUGAAUUCCUAUAUUCUCUUCCUAAUGGCUUUAGAUAGGUAUGUGGCGAUCUGCCAUCCUCUCAAAUAUCCCAUUGUUCUUAAAAACUCCAAUAUCCAAAUUCUCAGUAUUACAGCAUGGAUUAUUGCCAAGGCAGGCCCUUUAAUGUUAGUUAUUAGGGCAUACCCUCUCCCGUACUGUUCCUCAAACAUUAUCAACCACUGCUUCUGUGAUCAUAUUGGUAUAACAACCCUAGCAUGCGUUAACAGGGCCCCUUAUGCUCUUCCUGCUUUAAUUUUUGCAAUGUUUGUCUUACUGGGACCUCUGGCAUUCAUAGUGUUCUCAUAUAGCGCUAUAAUUAUAGCAGUAGUUAGGAUUGCAAAUGCACAAGGUCGCAUUAAAUCUCUGUCAACUAGCAGUACUCAGCUGAUUAUAAUCUCACUCUAUUAUUUGCCCAGAUGUUUUGUGUAUUUAGCCAAUCAUGCUGGCAUAAAAUUUAGUUCUGAGGUGCGAAUAGUAAUAAUCAUGGUUUAUAGCCUUAUCCCUCCAAUGAUUAAUCCAAUUAUAUAUUGCUUAAGGGCUAAAGACAUGAGAGAAAGCUUGUUGAAGAAAGUCAACGGAUGCAUCUUUCCAAAAAAAGCACAAGUUUCAGCUAUUAGCAGCUGA